AAAAUAAAAACAACAAUGAAACGACGCGUUUCAUAUCAGUAUUUCUUUCCCCUGUGGUCUGUGUUAGCAACUCGUUCUCAAUCUGCUACACAACUUUCUCUCUCUUCUCCAAUGUCAUCCAUGUCGAUUCCUUCAUCAAUCCGAGCAAUUUCAACAAAACUUCCCCAAUUCAAUCAUUUUCCGGCAUCUUCAAAACCCUUAAUUUCAAUUUCUUAUUCAUCUUCUUCUCUUCCUUCCUCCUUCAAAUCCAUCUCUUUCCAACGUCUCCCCACAAAACCCCAAUGUUCAUCUUCGUCUUCAUCUUCAACCUCUGUUGAAGCAGUUGAAGAACUCACCCCCAAACUCCAAGAAAUCGUGAAACUAUUCCAAGCAGCUCAAGACCCACGAGCCAAGUACCAGCAGCUGAUGUUCUAUGCUAACAAUCUCCCUCCUCUUCAACAAAAAUUCAAAACCAAGGAAAACAAGGUUGAGGGCUGCGUUUCGCAGGUCUGGGUUCGAGCUUUCCUAGACUCUGAUUCUGGUUCUGAUUCUAAACUUGUUUAUUUUGAGGCUGAUUCUGAUUCUGUUAUGACUAAAGGACUUGCUGCUUUGCUUGUUUUGGGUUUAUCUGGUCAUCCUGUUCCUGAAAUUUUAAGGGUUUCCCCUGAUUUUGUCACCCUUUUAGGGCUUCAACAGAACUUAACUCCUUCUAGGAAUAAUGGGUUUUUGAAUAUGCUGAAGUUGAUGCAGCGGAAGGCUCUUCUUUUGGGGUUAGAGGCUGAGAAUUUGAAACAAGGAGAUAGGGUUUCUGGGUUGGAUUCUCAAUUGGAUGGUGUUGAUAAAGUAGAAUUUGAUGCUCCUUCAGGGGUGGAAGAUACUGUUCUUGAUGUGGGUAGGGGUGAAACUGUUGAAAAUGGGUCGAAUUCAAGUUCAGAUGGUGGCGGUGGACCGGAGAAAUUGGAAUUAAAUGGUUUUUCUGGAGUGGAAAGUUCUCAUAUUGAUGUGGCUAAGAGUGAGAAUGUUGCAAAGGAGUCGAAUUCGAACUCAAAUGGUGGUGGUGGAUUGGGGAGGAGAGGAGAGAGAAUUAGGGAGAAAUUGGAGAGGGAAUUGAAGCCUGUUGAGUUGGAAGUUGAUGAUAUAUCUUACCAACAUGCUGGGCAUGCUGGAGUAAAAGGGAGUGAUGGAGAAACACAUUUCAAUUUGAAGGUUGUUUCUAAUGAGUUUGAAGGAAAGAGCUUGGUGAAAAGGCAUAGGAUGAUUUAUGGUUUGUUGCAGGAUGAGUUGGAAGGAGGUUUACAUGCUUUGUCAAUCAUUGCUAAGACACCAGCUGAACUGGGAGGGGGAAAGUAGGCAGAAGAGGGAGUAUUAUUAGUCUGCAUAAAGAGGUUCUCUUUUCUCAUUUACCAAUCUCGAACUUAUUGUUUUUCCUUCUUUACCGGAUAGAUAAACAUUGUACUUACUGCUUAUUCAUCGCGAUUACUUUACCAUGUGAAAAUAAUUUGUUAUAAUGGAAUGAAUAAAUGAGGAGUAAAGUUUUGGUGGA